CAGAACACACCGAGAGAGAGAGAUGGAUGAGAACAGCGAGGUUGUAUUACUAGGGACGUUUGGUAGUUCCUACUGCAAGCGGGUCGAGCUCGCCCUUAAACUUAAGGGCAUUCCUUUCGCGUACGUGGAGGAAGACCUGAAGAACAAGAGCGACUUGCUGCUCCGCUCCAACCCCGUCCACCAGAAAGUGCCAGUGCUCCUGCACGACGGCCGCCCGAUCUGCGAGUCGCUUCUCAUCCUUGAAUACAUUGAGGAGUACUGGAGCAAUGCCCCCAAGCUCCUCCCUGAGGAUCCUUACACUAGGUCACGAAUCCGCUUUUGGGCGGAUUUCUACGAUCAAAAGGUGAAGCUGGCAACGUACCUCGUCCUCCAGACCAAAGGGAAGGAUCAAGAUAAGGCUCGAGAAGACCUCGUUGAGCUGCUGAGGGUGUUCGAGGAGGGCAUUCAGAGGGACUUUCCUACAAAAUCUCCAUUCUUCAAUGGUGAGAACUUGAGUUUUUUGGGCAUAGUGGUCGGUGCAAGUGCUUGCAACUACCAAGCCUUUGAGGAGGCCAUUGGCAAGAUCAGCGACCGAGAGAGGAAUGCAUCGUUCUUCUCUUGGGUGGAUGAAUUGAAGGCACAUCCUUUCAUGAGCGAGAAUCUCCCACCACACGACAAGCUGGUUGCCAAAAUGAAGGCCAAGUUCUUCCGAACUCCAAAAGUCUAGAAUGCAAGUCUUCUCAGUAUUGUUUGUAUUGCUUCUCACAGGUGUGCAUCAAGGCCAUCGCAAUUAGCGGGGUGUUGUGCUAUACAUUGUAAAAUAGUUUAAUAAAACACACCACUGCUAUGAUUGCACCUUA